GUGCACCUCUUUCUCCUACUUCGACCUCACAGCUCGCGCUUGCUGGGACAGGUUCCUUCAAUCAAGGACCUCUAUAGAUAUUUGACUAGAGUCUCAUAAAAUAUUAGCAAUGUCGCAUCUAGCACCAACUGGCAAGUGGGACGCAAGAUACCUUGGCCCUGUCCCCCACGACUCUUCAUACUAUGCCAAGUGCAUGCUCGGUGGUGUCCUUGCAUGCGGUAUCACCCAUGCCGGUAUCACGCCUCUUGACGUGGCCAAGUGUAACAUGCAGGUAAAUCCUGCAAAAUACAAGGGUCUUUCGUCUGGUCUCGCGACUCUCCUUCGUGAGGAGGGUCAGACCGGUAUCUGGAAAGGCUUUGGUCCCACCUUUGUCGGUUACUCGUUACAGGGCAUGUUCAAGUACGGUCUCUAUGAAGUGUUCAAGGACCAGUACAUGAACUUGGCUGGCGAGGAGCUUUCUAACAAAUACAAGCCCGCCAUCUGGCUCGCUGGUUCCGCCUCGGCAGAGGUCUUUGCAGACAUCGCACUUUGCCCUCUCGAGAUGACAAAAGUUAAGAUCCAAACCAGCCCUAGCGGCACGUUCCCUACCGCCUUUGGUGCUGCCCUCGCGGAGAUGAGCAAGACCAAGGUUGAGACCCGCUACCCCUUCGGCUCCCUUGUUCCCCUCUGGUCCCGACAGAUCCCUUACACCAUGGCCAAGUUCUUCUUCUUUGAGAAGAUCGUCCAGGUCUUCUACACUCACGUUUUCACCGAACCCAAGGAGUCCUAUGCCAAGACUACUCAACUCGGAGUUACUUUUGCGUCUGGUUACCUCGCUGGUGUUGUCUGUGCUAUUGUCUCCCACCCAGCUGACUCCGUCGUCUCCCUCAUGGGCAAGCCGGCAAACAAGGGCAAGAGCAUUGGCACGAUCGCGUCAGAAACUGGUUUCGCUGCACUUGCAACCAAGGGUCUCGGCACCCGUGUAUUGAUGAUCGGUACUCUUACCGGCUUCCAAUGGUGGAUCUACGACUCCUUCAAGGCGUCGAUGGGUCUCGGCACCACUGGUGGCAAGUAAACCACUCACUUGUCUGCAUUGGUGGUGUCUGCGCUGGUAGAGGACAUGCAAUAGAUCAUUUCUGGCAGUAUACAGUUAGUUUACAUUUAUUCCCUUGUGGUUCGUAUUGCUGUCUAUUUACCCCGUACAGUCCGUAUACUCCGUGCCAUGCAAUAGAUCACGAUCACCUUACGACGAUACUACUGCAUCCUCUUCAGCAGUCUGCACCUGAGGGUAAUUUUUGAACGAGCCUCGCUACGUUAUAAGAUUGUUAAUAUUCGCUGCUCGGAUCUGUUCGUUGGUCCGAUUCGUCCCGUGCGUAAAUGAGCAGGGGCCCGGCUUAGAUAAGCUUCGGAAUCAACUCAACAGGC